UUUUCAUAGUUACACCUAAUCAACUCCAGCCCCAGAUAGAUAUAUUUUUUGCAAACACAAAAUUUGAAAGUUGCCCAAAUCGGAAACGAUGAUCUAUACAAACUUGGUGCGCCUGCUCUCCCUAUUGGUGGGCUGUCUUUAUCCAUCGUAUUCAUCCUACAAGAUCCUGAAUAGCCAGAAGCGCAGAGAUGAGGACCUUUACAUGUGGAUGUCGUACUGGAUCGUCUACGGGAUCUUUGUGCUCUUUGAUUUUCUGACCGCGGCUCUGGUGGCAAUCAUUCCGUUUCUAAACGAGGUCAAACUGCUUUUUCUUUUCUGGCUGUUACCCAACGUGGGCGGCGGAAAUCAGGUGAUCUACGAGGAGUUUCUUCGAUCCUUCUUCAGCAGCCACGAGCUUUCUAUCGACCAGGUUCUGAUCCAUGCCACCUUGACAGGCGGUAAUUUAGUGGGUCAACUGAUCAGCUCUAUUCUUGGCCACCUCAUGGCAGUGGCGGAUAGCUACCUUCUUUCGCGGGGACAUCGUCCAGCCCUUCAGAUUACGCCCAGCAUGGAGGACAUAGUCAACGAUGUUAUUGCCAAAAGACAGUUAAAGGAAAAAAGAAAGCAGAUGGAAAACCUAUCCGACACCAUCGAUGAGGUCCUUAGCGAUAAUCCUAUUAGAAAAAGCACUCUGUCAAGUUUGGAUUUACUCAACGAAUCCGAAUCCGGUUUCUUGGUUGCAAAAGAUCAUGGAUUUACAACUAAGGAAAAACCCGAAACCCCGCCGAAGCCAAUGCGGCAGUUAAUACCAUCCAACAAGGAAAUCCCCAAGCUGGAUGAAAAUCAGGAGCAGAAUCUUAAAUAAUACAGUUUUUGGAAGCCUACAUUUUUACUCAGUUACUCUUACAACAAACCAUACAGCAUUAUCAUUCUAAAAUAUCUUUGUCCUAAUCAGUUCUAAUCAAUAAAUUAAAACGUAAAUCAA